GGGCGUAAGAGUCCAGUUCCGAGUUCCGUCAGUUGUCAAGAACCAAAGACCGACCUUACACGAUGUGGCGUGUUCGUGGAAGGUCCAUGCAUCCUAUGGACCGAUAAGAUGGGGAAAUCUUGAAUCACCAUUUUACUAACCAGUAACCACCCCACUGGCGGCAGGCAUCUCAAAGGCCGCUCAGGCUCAGCCAUUCCUCCGGUCACUCUCUCGUGCUUUUUAUUUUUAUUUUUUGAUGGUUUCUUCCCAUCGGAUCGGGGGAGUUUCUCCAUUGUCUUCCACCACAGGCACCACUCUCCGGUGGAAUUAUGAUGUCUUUUUGAGUUUUAGAGGUGAAGACACCCGUAAGAUCUUUGUUGAACCUCUUUACAAGGCUUUGGUCCAUCGAGGAAUUAACACCUUCAAAGACGACGAAGAACUCGGGAGAGGAAAGGAAAUCGCCCCAGAACUGCUGAAAGCCAUAGAAGAAUCAAGGAUUUCAGUUAUCAUUUUCUCCAACAACUAUACCUCUUCAAGUUGGUGCCUGGAGGAACUUGUGAAAGUCAUAGAAUGCUGGAAGAGGAUUGGGCAGUUGAUUCUUCCUGUCUUCUACGAGAUCGAUGCAUCGGAGGUCCAGAAACGGAUUGGGAAUUUUGGGGAAGCGUUUGUCAAGGCGGGGGUGAAUAUUCAGAAGGUGCAGAUGUGGACGGAAGCUCUUACAGAAAUUGCAAAAUUUUCUCGAUGGAAUCCACAUAACUUUUUGAAUGGGAACCAGUCCAUAUAUAUCCAAAGAAUUGUUAAAGAAGUUUUGGUGAGAUUGAAUAAAACACUGUUGGAUGUCACCAUUUACCCAGUUGGAUUAGACUCCCGAGUAAAUGAAAUGAAUUCAUUAUUAGAUUCCCAAUCAGAUGAUGUUUACAUUAUUGGAGUAUGUGGUAUUGGUGGAAUAGGUAAGACAACUAUUGCAAUGGCUCUGUAUAACCAAAUAUUCCAUAGAUUUGAAGGUUGCAGCUUUCUUGCCAAUGUUAGAGAAGUCUCAGAACAACCUAAUGGUCUAGUUCAUUUACAAGAAACACUUCUUUCUGAUAUCUUAAUGGAAACAGACUUAAAGAUAAAUAAUCUCACUACAGGAAUUGAAAUGAUAAAAGAAAGACUGCAGCAUAAAAGGAUUCUUCUUGUUUUGGAUGAUGUGGAUCAAUUAGAACAAUUGGAAGCAUUAGCUUACAAGUGCAACUGGUUUGGCUUGGGAAGUAGAAUCAUCAUUACAACUAGAUAUGAGGAUUUGUUACAUGAUUUUAAAGUGGAUAAGACAUACAAGGUCAAAGAAUUGAAUUGGAUUGAGUCUAUUCAGCUCUUUAGUUGGCAUGCCUUUAAAAGGGGCUAUCCUGAAGGUGAUUAUUUGGAACUCUUAAGUAGUAUAGUAGAUUAUGCAAAAGGGCUUCCACUAGCUCUUGAGGUUUUGGGCGCUCUCUUGUUUAGGAAAAGCAUAUUUGAAUGGGAAGGUGCAAUUAAAAAACUGAAAAUUCCUCAUAGUCAAAUCCAAAAGAAACUCAAAGUAAGUUUUGAUGCACUAGUUAAUGAAGAGAAGGCUCUAUUCCUUGAUAUUGCAUGCUUCUUUGUUGGAACAAAGAAAGAUUAUGCUAUCAAAAUACUGGAUAGCUGUGGUUUCUCCUCGGAAAUUGGGAUCAGAAGUCUAACUGGUAAGUCCUUAGUCACAAUCAAUGAAAAAAAUGAGAUAGGAAUGCAUAAUCUUAUUCAAGAGAUGGGGAAGGAAAUUGUUCGUGAAGAAUCCCCACGGAAUCCUGGAAAACGCCGCAGACUAGGGAAUUCUCAAGAUGUACAUGGCAUAUUGACAAAAAACAUGGGAACAGGUGCAAUUGAAGGCCUUGUGAUAGAAAACUCAGAUGGAUUAAUUAAUGAACUGAAUGCUGAAGCAUUUGCAGCAAUGCAGAAACUAAGAUUCCUUAAACUCAACCAUGUACACCUCAUGGGGAGCUAUGAACAUCUUCCUAGAUCAUUAAGAUGGCUUUGUUGGCAUGGAUUCCCUUUGGAAAAUUUACCAACCAAAUUUCAUCUGGAGAAUCUUAGCAUUCUUGACAUGCAAUAUAGUAGAAUUAAGCAACUAUGGAAUGGAAACAAGUCGCUCAAAGAGUUGAAGAUACUUAAUCUUAGCCAUUCAGUGCACAUGACCAAAACUCCGAAUUUCUUAGGACUCCCCAAUCUAGAGAGAUUGAUCCUUGAAGGCUGUAUAAGUUUGGUUGAUGUUCAUCAUUCUGUUGGACACCUUGAGAAACUUAUUUAUUUGAAUCUAAAAAAUUGCAUAAAACUAAAGGAUCUGCUGAGGAGUGUUUGGGAGGGUCUGCAUGGAAGUUCUUUUGUUCUCCUUCUCAAGAGUGUAGUUCCAGAUUGGAUCAACCAUCAGAUUAUGGGGUCUGUAAUAUCAGUUCGCUUUAAGGAUUGUAGAAUCAAAGCACUGAUUAUAUGGGUAGUUUACACUUCGGAUGAAGAGACUAAUUUGAUCAGCAAGGCUGUACUGGAAGAGAUAGAGUUGAUUGGCAACCCUACUGGUGAGGAGACCAAUUUGAUCGGUUUUACUGCUUACAUUAAGUUCUAUAAUAAAAUGAAAGAUCAUUACUGGUGGUCAGAAUUCCAUGAGCCUUCAGUAAGUAACCUAUGUCAAAUGCAUCAUUCUUUUGUCAAUUAUCUACCCAAUAAUGAGAUGGCCAAUCAGUUUGACAGUGUGGAUGAAAUGGAGUUUUCAGUAAUAUGUAGAUCAGGAUCAGAUAUUGCAAGUUAAAAAGUGUGGGGUGCAUGUGGUUUACGAGCCAGAAGACGUGGCUCUCGAUCAUGCUGUUAUUGACAGAUAUGGAUCAACAAUGGAUACGGAAGGAGUUAAUAAGAAGAGAAGUCUUCAUGACCAUGAGGUGGGAACCACUUCUGUAGAGGUAAGGAACUGCAUUGAGGAUCUUCCAAAUGAUGCCACUAGAGUACUAAGCUUGCCCCCAGCAAUAUACAGUUCAAAGAGGGCCCCUAAGAGACUAAGAUCUUAAAAGGACAUCAGGGUGGUUUGAUGAUUACAAACAGGUGCUGAAAGCGGGUUGCUAAAUACAUGCUUACAUUACAAUGGCUUAAAAUCUGGGGAAAUAUUUGGUUCAUUUAAGGACUAAUGACUUGGCUAGCUAAGCCGUUGAAUGAUUUGACCUGGCCAAUGGGCCUUGUAUUAGAUUCAUUUAUUAGUCAAUAAUUAUCAUUUAUCAUACUUAUUUUUGUUUAAUACAAUGUAGAAAUAUUCUCAUUUUUACCAUGUAUUUUCUGUAGUUUUCCA